AUGAGUGGAGUCGAGAUAGCUGGGCUAGCACUAGCUGUAUUACCUAUUUUGAUUGCUGCCGCUGAGCACGCGAAGUCAAGACGACUGGAGCCAAGACGAGCAGAGUUUAUGGAGAACCUGGCCUUUGAGAUCACUCUUCUACAUAUGAGCUUGACGAGACUUGCGAAAGGCCUGUCAGAGCUCUCUGACGAGCUGCGAGAAAAGCUAUCGUCGCCGCAGGCCUCACAGGACUUGGAGGAAAGCUGGAAGUCGACCGAGGUAGUGCAUGCGCUCAAGAAGCGCCUGGGUUCAGGACACGAGACUUUUGUUGUCACAGUCGGGGCAAUUUUGGCGUGUCUUGAGAAGUUACUCGAGAAGAAGUCGUUGGGCUUGUCCAACGAAGAAACGACAUUCGCAGAACAGACGUACGCGAAACUUGACGCGAUCCGCCACAGAACCUCAUCAACACCUAUCAACGCUUUGAGCCAUCGGGUGCGAUUCGCCAUCCACGAAGCGAAAAAGUACGGUCAGAUUCUGACCAAGAUCAAAGAAAACAAUGAACGCCUGGAGAAAAUCGUCCUGUGGGCAGCAGACACAGUGUUUGCAACGCCGGAACUACCUAAGAAUAGCCGACCCGUUGGCAGUCCUCAUAUUCAGCUGCGUCCUCUGAUGCAUACUCUGCAUGCAGCUCUUGGAGGGCUGUGGCCGUGCGAUUGCCCUGGAAAGCAUGAAGCUCGUCUUUGUCUGCUACAACACCGAGACCAGCGCCGAGACUCCAUGACCACUGAUACCGGAGAGGGGGACAAUGUGUACUUCAAUAUGCUUAUGUCACUCCGUAGUGCAGAAAACGAACCAUAUUGUCGCUGGCUCGAAAGUCAACUAUGUAUCGCUCUGCAAGAGGACAUAGCACCGCAACCAACAAGAGGCGUUCGUUUCGAAUUAGACACGACUUCAUCUCCAAUUGCCUCUGGAGGUGGCAUUGAGAUGAUCACAAUCUCGACUGGGAAUACCGAGGCUGCGCUUCCACGACGACGACGAGCAUCCACGGCAACUAGAAGGAAAAUUGAAAAACUCUGCCAUACACUACUGCAGGCCGAGCGCAACCUGUGCUCCCCACAAAUCCUGUUCGAUGGGGGUUGUCUGUGGCAUGUAACUAGUAAGCAGACAUCGCGCAGGUCUUCGCGGACACUGAGUGUCCAGGGCAGCGAAGUAGACACUUCCCUUGCAUCACUCCUACGAGGCGAAAGGAAGUUCAGGCCAAAGGAGAAGCGUAUAUUAUCCGUCAUACUCGCCAACUCCCUACUCCACUUUUGCGAGAGCCCUUGGCUGAGCAAAGAGUGGAGCAAAGAGCACAUCUCGUUCUUCUCAACUGCAGAAAAGGGAGGCUUGGACAUUCAUCGACCCUAUUUGUCGACUAACUUCCAGGCCAUGGUCGCCGAGGUUGAGCCUGAUACCUUCUACCGGAUACAUGCAAACCCUAGUGUCCUAGCGCUAGGAAUCCUCCUCCUAGAGAUCGAGCUAGAUUCACCAAUCGAACGUGAACGCGGAGUCCAGGACCUCGAUGAGCACGGAAAGCCCAACGUCAACACUGAUUACUUCGCGGCGCUCAGGUUAUUCGAAGGCAUAGCUGACGAUAUCUAUCAAAACCAUCGGCAGGCAGUCUCCGCGUGUUUAAAUUGCGACUUCUAUGAUGAGGAGACUAUGGAACCAAGCUUGGACAAUCCCGAAUUUCGGCAAGCAGUCUACAAUAAUAUCGUGAGACCACUGGAACAGGAACUUUACAGUGCCUACGACCUCACGCCAGAUGACUUGGGCCUCAACCUGGUGUAG